UACAGUUUAUACUUUCCGGCUUUCCAUAUCACCAGCCGCUGCUAGCCUAGGCUCGUACAAUGCAGCCACCCACCACGCCCACUUCCAACCGCCGAUCCCAUUUUCCUUCUUCCCGCCAGUCCUUUUCGGCCGGGUCGGCAGCCAAACCCCGACGAUACCAGAGUCGGCAAAAUUCAUUCUUAAGACUGUUCAUCGGGGCAUUGGCGAUAACUGCUAGCAAAACAUGGGUUAUCGAUAACCAUGGAGGAGAGGGAGGGGGUGCCGGGUGGCUAGUCCUGGCAUACUGGGCCUCAAGAGUGUUUGUUGAAGGAAAGCAAGUGUGGGAUGGAAGAAGACGAAAGGCCUUUCGGUUAGAUGCAACCAGCAAUGGAAUAGGAGUGAAGGAUUACAUACUCUCGAGUUUCAAUUAUGUGCUUCAGUCACUGGCAUUCUUCAUGUCUCUGGGUUCCUUAGGACCCUUCAAGACUUCUAUAAUAGGUAUGACCGGUAGCUUGCUCGCAACAGCGCAGCCCACAACUAUCCGAUCAUUUGGACCUUUACUACCUCUGAUACUAGCCUCUGGCUAUGCUUUUGCCCAACAGCUUUUGCUAAAAGACUUUCAAGCAGUCAUUGUCAUCUUGGUGUUCGCAUUAACCACAUCUGUCAUCCAGGGUCGUUUCCUCGAACCCAAGACAGCUGGCAGUAGAGAGACCAUAGAUGGAAGGCACAGCUUGUAUAGGACCAUUUUAUCUGCUUUGGUUGCUACUGUAUCAGUUAUAGCGCUCUACUUCAUGGGGUUCAUACCCAUACCUGUUCCUGUAUCAUCGACUGCCUCACAACGCUUCGGUUCCUUCGUCGCUGCCUUCCUCGUCAGCAAUAUUCCGCUGUCGUUUGGUCAAAACUCCCCUUCCAGCGCCGGUCUUCGACUCAAAACAUGGCGCGACAAGGCGACCUUCUUGACUUGUAUUCCUAUUCUUCAGUUCUUCGCUUUACAUCCUAUACCCACCACUGUAGAUGUGGUUAUCCUUUUGCCUAUUUCGGUGUUCAGCAUCUGGGCAGAGUCAAUAUUUAAAGCACAACCCGAACUCGCGCCCUCGUGGACGUUUUCCAAUCAUAAUCUCUCCACUGCCAAUCAUUCAUGGUCUUUUCUCUCACUUGUACCCUCCAGAUGGCGGCCUCAUUUUCAGACAAUCAUCAGCACUCCAACUUCAUCGCGCAUAUUCUACUUUCUUCUUCUCAACUUGGCCUAUAUGGGCGUGCAGAUGGGCUAUGGAGUAUUUACCAAUUCCUUGGGCCUCAUCUCUGACGCCAUUCAUAUGCUGUUUGACUGUCUCGGUUUGGGCGUAGGAUUGUGGGCCUCUGUGGCAGCGAUGUGGAAACCCGAUGGGCGAUACACCUUUGGUUAUUCCCGUGUCGAAACCCUCAGCGGAUUUGCAAAUGGGUGUUUUCUUAUUCUCAUUUCAGUUUUCAUCAUAUUUGAAGCCAUACAGCGAGUGUACAACCCGCCGGAAAUGGAGACUCACCAAUUACUGCUCGUUUCGGGGAUAGGGUUGGCCAUCAAUUUGUGGGGAAUGUGGGCUACCGGAGGGCAUCAUCAUCAUGGACAUAGUCACGGACAUGAUCAUGCCCAAGUACACGCUGCACCCAAAGUAGAGGUACACAAACAGGGAGUAUCCCAAAAUGACGCUCAUAAAUAUGAAGAUCAUCAUCUUGAUCUUCACAGUCAUGACCAUCACCACAAACCUAGCGCCUCGUCAAAAGUCAGUCCUCGUCCGGCAUCCAAACUGCAAAAACGCAAAUCCUCUGGUCAGCUCAAGGAUUCUGGUCCAAGCGCAACAACCCCGCAGAAGACGAAUAAUGGGCAUAACCAUGAUGAGCAUUGUUCGCACGACGGUGAAAAGCAUUCACAUUCUCACAAUCACCAUAAAUUGACCCACGAAUCUUCCACUCACAAUGAUGCCCAUGCCCACGAAGACGACUAUGACCACGCACACGCUCAUGGUCACGGUCAUGAUCAUGACCGCGGACAUGAUCAUGCCCAUAGCCAUAACAUGCGGGGCGUAUUUUUGCAUGUUUUAGCCGAUACACUCGGUAGUGUAGGCGUCAUCAUCUCAACUAUCCUCAUCCGAUUUACAGGCUGGACAGGCUUCGACCCUAUCGCUAGUUUAUUUAUUGCUGCCCUCAUCAUGGCGAGUGUAAUCCCGCUAGUCGUUGAUUCCGGCAGGAUCUUAUGCUUGGACGUUGGGGAAGAGAAGGAAAGUGAAAUCCGGAGCGCACUGACCGAGCUGUCGUCCGUGGACGGCCUAGCGAGUUAUGCUGCCCCUCGCUUCUGGCCUCGAUGUGAGGGAGAACUCGUCGGUUCGAUCCACAUCCAACUGGCCCCUUCUCCCUCUUCUUUUGAUCCUACCCGAUUAUCCACACCUCCAAGCAGUUCGCGGCCUCGCAAGGGUGACGCGAUUUAUGCCAACUCUGAAAAAGUGGUGGGGAGGGUGGAAAAAGUUUUGAAGAAGCGGAUAAAAGGUUUGACGGAACUUGUUGUACAGGUUGAAGGGAGCGAAGAGAGGUCGUUCUGUACGUGCAUGACAGGUGGGGAUCAAUAGAUUGUGUUUUUUUGAAUGUUUUCAUCAGUUAUAGCAUAGCAUUGUGAUGCAUUGUCCCGGGCUAG